GUUCUUCCACUUACCACAUAUCAGUUGAAAACUACGGCCAUCCAUCGUGAAAUCGCUAUCCAGCGCCAAAUGAUUCAUCCGAAUCUUCUUGGUCUGUUUGCUGCCUACCAUGAACCUCGACUUAGAGCAGUCUGCCUGUUGCUUGAAUUCUGCGCAAUCGGAACACUGAUGGACCUAGUGACUGGUGGGAAAAGUGCAUUUCAAACCCUUAGCCCAGUUGACCGACCUGCUGACAGCUCAUGUGUCACCCGGAGUGCUUUGAAACAACCACAGACUGGAGUCUCAUGGAACUAUCUUAUUUAUGACCCUUCCACUGGAGGGCUACCACUCAGUCUUGCUCGACGCGUAUUCCGUGGGUUAAUGCGUGGCGUCAGCCACAUGCACGAAAGGUACGGGAUUGUGCACCGAGAUAUAAAGCCAACAAAUAUCCUGCUUGCUGAUGGAUUUGUGGCAAAAUUAAGCGACUUCGGUCUGGCCUGUGAUGAGCUCCAGUGCGAGGAGGAGAAAGAGCAACUGAAUAUGGUGUAUCAGGCUGCCUCAUGUUUCAGUUGUUACGAUAUUCAAGAUAUCGCGAUACAUGUAUAUACUAUUUUCCGUUUGAUCUGCUCCAGACAUGUAUGCGGUACCCCAAACUAUCUUGCUCCCGAAGUUUUUCUAAAGGAAGGACACUCAAAGGCAUCAGAUUGUUGGGCAGCGGGAGUGACGCUCUAUUACAUGCUCUGUGGACGACCGCCAUUUCAACCCUACUGUGCGGACACUCACCGAUCGUAUAGUUUGGUUCAACACAAAAAUACCGACAGCAAGGUACACGAAGAUGCUGCUCAUCCGCUGUCCAACCUCGUACCGGGAGCCCAAGUGCGAGCAAUUUGUCGCAACCUUUUCUGGGGCAGAUAUGAAUUUCCUUCAAAACUUCACCAAAGUGCAAGAUAUACAAUUUUUCGUUUACUCCAGAGAUCUGCUGUCGAAAGACCUUCAGCAGCUCAGGUACUGGACAUGGAGUUUUGUUCGGCAAUCUUUCGGGACACGCAGCGCUCAGUCCGCAUACUAGAACAUCGAGAAGUCAGUGAACAAACUGCAGAAAGGCGGGAUCCGAUGGACGGAAAGGACGUCGGAGUGAAAAGAACCUCAAAGGACGACGUUGAAAUCGGUGCACUCAGUCCCGUACAGCACCCCGGUAGCCUGGGUCUGGACAGCACGGAUGAACAAACCGACCAGUCGUUUGGCUCUAAAGGAGUUUCCAAGCAUCCUACAGUUCAAAUCUGGUCGCCCGGCAAUCAGAAGUCAUUCGAAUUUCAACAGGUCGAAGAUAUUGUCUAUACUGGAAGCCGAGCAAUUCAUGACGCCUUCAAGCUGCUCGCUGGCAGAGCAGAAGAACGCAGUACCAUCAUAAAUGCGACAAAUGAUCCUCUGUUGCUCCACUGGGUUUCACGAUGGGCGUUGACAAGCAGUCUGUUUUUAUAUUACACAAUGGAUAGUGUUCAAAUUUUCUAUUCCGCUUCAAGUGCCACCUAUCACUUGGCGAAAGAAAAAAAGCCUCAUGCCAUAGUUGAAAUUUGGGGUGUGACCAAUCAAACUGGCCAAGGUCUGGUCAAGUACAAAGGGAAAAAGAUUAUACAAUUUGAACCAAACACGAAUCCUGGCAGCGGCACGAUAUCUAAACUGCCUAAUCUGGGAGACGUACAAACGCAAUGUGAAUUCCUCGUGCGCCAGUUGAAGCAUUUCUCACCUUUGACUUCAUCCGCUAACCACACAAGCUCAGAAGAAGAGGCUACUGAAGUUGGCGAGCCCGGUGCCACCAAGUCUCCAGUGUUUAUUCAGCGAUGGAAGGAUCAUGGAAAUAACCUAAUAUUCUCUUUUUCCACGGGCGGAUGGCAAGCCAAUUUUUACGAUCACUCCAAGCUGAUAGUCCAUUACCCAGGUACUUUGGUCUAUUGUGAUUCUGGGACAGCAACGCCCAACGGACCUUUUGACUCCAAAUGUCACGUGCAUCAGUUAACGAAAGAUAUGGAGAGAGAAUUCGGCGAAUGGAUAAAAAACCAUGCGCAUCUAAAGAGCAUCCUCCAGAUUUUAUUAUUUACCAUUUUGUAA